AUGGCUUGCUGCCCGACCGAAGAGAAAUAUGGCUACGAAGACUGUCGAUUUGAAAAAGAUGUGGACGAAAAUUUUCAUUGUUCUAUCUGCUACAAUGUUCUUAAAGAACCAAGGACGUGUAGGAAUAAUGAUCACAUCUUUUGUCUUGCCUGCAUCACUCAACAUCUAAAGGUGAACUCUCAAACUUGUCCUGAAUGUAAUGAGCAUUUGAGCGUCCAUACGCUUCGUCGGCCGCGUGUGUUGAAUAACAUGUUGUGUAAACUAAAGAUAAAUUGUGAUCAUGCCAGUCGAGGAUGUCCUCAGUUUACCUGUCUUGAAGAUCUCAAAACUCACGUGGUGAAUUGUGGCUAUGCACCUGUGUUGUGUUCAAAUGCAGAGUGUGGUAUGGAGAUUAACAAGCAAGAUAAGGUCCAUCAUGAGACUGAAGUUUGUGAUUAUAGAAAAGUGAAAUGUCAUGACUGUGAGCAGAUACGGGAAGAUGUCGGAACAUUGAAAGGAAGUUUAAUUGAACUGGAUGGGAAAGUGGAACAAGGAAUAAAGAAAUUGGACGAAAAA